AUGCCACGAAACUACACCCGAGAGCGACUAGAGUACCUGUGGAAGAUUAUCGCCGUGGAUUGCGAGAUUCCCAUAUCUACAGAAGAAGGACGACGUAACGAAGUGGCAGACAGCGACCUCAAUAAUCACGACAUCAUUCGUAUUGACCGCAAUUUUGAGACCAUUGACAAUGAGGUUUACAAUCUUGUCGAGCGCCCACCUAUCCUUUUCUGUCCUUUCCAGGCCGAUAUCCUGGCGAACAACCCCAUCGACCCCUCGUCCUAUGGCAGCCAAAAGGAACAAGAACGGGCCAUGGAAUUCCGCAACUACAAUCCACCUGCGGACCCCCUAGAGAUUGAAUUGGGUCAGUGGGAUCCCAUGAGUUGUGGCACGGUCGUUUGUAGAUAUGUGAAAGCUUGGGCGUGUGGUCUUCCGCGGCCCGGACUUGGAGAGUGGUGGAGCAUCAAGGGCCCUGGUCAUGCCCGUGGUAUAUCAAUUCCCCAUCCACUCCUUCUGGGGCCGGGUUGGAAUCGGUCCUACCCAAGCGGUAUGGACCACUGGAGCACACAGAAAUUGAUGGAAUUUCCUCGAGAAUCGAGUCCAGGGGUAUACCCUCAUGUCGUUGCUCCCCUGGUGCAGAAUUUCAACGCACGAGACAACACCAUGCUCUAUUCGGAGCUGAGCACCAUAGUAGCCACCAUGCGCAACCGAGCUAAUCAGCCCAAAGUGGAUCCCAACAACGUUGAGGCGCAGGAGGCCCUUUUCACAGAAAGCGAGGAAAAGAUACAUGAACUUAAACGGGAAUUUCCUAUGGAGCAAAGAUUCCCUGUCUUACUACUGUCUUUUGUGGGUCCACAACAUGGACGCCUUUUUUACGCUUGUAUGGACCGACGGCGACUUGUGAUCCGGCAGUCCCGUCUUUACAGCUUCGAGGACAACGCCACCGCGCCUUUGGAUCUUUUUGCGCGGAUGUUUUUGAGUCGGCCUCUUCACGAAGAUGCUCGAACAUCAAGCACGUCUCCUGGUUGA